GGACCGGUUUCCUCCUCCGUUCCGGUUCGGCCCACUCGAAACUGCUGACUUUUGACCAUCCCCGCACAGAUUCGAACUAAGAAUUAGGGCAUUCAACAACACCCCACUUCAUCAGGAUGUCUAAGAAACCUGAGGCUUUGACCUCGGAGUCAUCUGCAGCGCAUGAUGGAAAGUUUAAUUCUAAUGAACAUGAUAAGCAACCUAGAAGGUCGGCCUUCCUGUGGCUGACACUCUUUGUUAUCCUCCUUAACGGCUUUUGGGCGGUUCAUCAUAUUCAGUUCGAGAGUCUCCCGAUCCCUCUCAAUGCCGAGCAGAGUGGUAAACGCGGUUUCUCAGAAGUUUCGGCAGUAAAGCAUGUCAAGUAUUUGACAAGCUUGGGCCCUCAUCCAGUCGGUUCGGAUGCUCUAGAUAUUGCAAUACAGUAUGUGUUUGCAGCAUCAGAAAAGAUCAAGAAGACAGCUCACUGGGAGGUUGAUGUUCAAGUGGAGCUCUUCCAUGCAACUACUGGUGCAAAUCGUCUUGUCAGUGGGCUUUUCAAGGGGAAAACACUAGUGUACUCUGAUCUGAAGCAUGUAGUCCUGAGAAUUGUCCCCAAGUAUCUUCCACAAGCCGAGGAAAAUGUGAUUCUGGUCUCUUCUCAUAUUGACACAGUUUUCUCUACCGAAGGUGCUGGAGACUGUAGUUCAUGUGUGGCUGUGAUGUUGGAGCUUGCCCGUGGAGUGUCUCAGUGGGCUCAUGGAUUCAAGAGUGGUGUAAUUUUUCUCUUUAACACUGGAGAGGAAGAGGGUCUUAAUGGUGCCCACAGCUUCAUAACACAGCAUCCGUGGAGAGAUACAAUUCGUUUUGCAAUCGAUUUGGAGGCUAUGGGAAUUGGAGGGAAGUCCAGCAUAUUUCAGGGUGGUUCUGCCCCAUGGGCCCUUGAGAAUUUUGCUGCAGUAUCAAAGUAUCCUUCUGCCCAGAUCUUUGCACAGGAUCUAUUUGUUUCUGGAGCAAUAAAAUCUGCCACAGAUUUCCAAAUAUAUCAAGAAGUUGCUGGCCUCCCUGGGCUUGAUUUUGCUUAUAUAGAUGCUACUGCUGUUUACCAUACAAAGAAUGACAAGUUAAAGUUUUUGAAACCUGGAUCGCUUCAACAUCUUGGGGAAAAUAUGCUUGCUUUUCUGCUUCAUACUGCUAUGUCUUCAAAGCUUCAAAAGGAUAUGGAACUGGAGAAAGGAGGAACUGAUCACAAUCAGGCUAUCUAUUUUGAUGUUCUGGGCAUGUACAUGGUUGUAUAUUCUCAACGGCUUGCAACCAUGCUUCACAACUCUGUGAUAUUUCAGGGAUUACUAUUAUGGACUACAUCACUGCUAAUGGGUGGUUAUCCUGGUGCCGUAUCUUUUGGGUUAUCAUGUUUGAGCAUUAUGCUGAUGUGGAUAUCUUCCAUGAGCCUAUCUGCUCUAGUAGCCUUUGUGUUACCCCUUAUAUGUUCCUUCCCUACUCCAUAUAUUGGAAAUCCAUUACUAGUUGUUGGAUUAUUUGGCGCACCGGCUUUACUUGGGGCAUUAGUGGGUCAACAUAUUGGUUUUUGUCUUCUAAAGAAAUACCUUCGACAGAUAUUCUCCAAAAGGACGCCUAGGCUAUCUUCCGAAACUGAGGAAAAUCUCAUUGAGUUAGAAGCUGAAAGGUGGCUUUUUAAAGCUGGUUUUGUUCAAUGGCUGGUCCUCCUAGCUAUUGGCAACUUCUUUAAGAUUGGAUCUACCUAUAUAGCCCUCAUUUGGCUAGUUUCGCCUGCUUUUGCUUAUGGUCUGAUGGAAGCAACACUAUCGCCGGCACGGUCACCUAAGAAGCUUAAAGUUGCUACAGUGAUUCUGGGUAUGGCUGUUCCUGUAAUGUCCUCUGCUGGCGUUGUUGUACGCUUGGUAGGAAUAAUAGUUGGGAGUAUUGUUCGUCUAGAUAGGAAUCCUGGUAACGUACCUGAUUGGUUCGGGAAUGUGGGACUUGGUGUGUUCAUAGCUUUGGUUGUUUGUCUUAUGUUUGUUUAUAUUCUAUCCUAUAUCCAUCUUUCAGGCGCAAAGGGACCACUUGUUAUUUUAACAUGUGCGUUGCUUGCACUGUCAUUAGCAGCCGUAUCAACCGGCAUCGUCCCAGCAUUUACGGAGGACAUUGCUCGAGCUGUAAAUGUUGUGCAUGUUGUCGAUACAACGGGAAAAUACAAUGAGAAUCAAGAGCCGUCUUCUUACAUUUCUUUAUUUUCCAAUACUCCUGGUAAGCUGACGACAGAACUGGAGAAUCUCAAAGAUGAGGAAUUUUCUUGUGGGCGGAACAACACUCUGGAUUUCGUCACUUUUACUGUCAAAUAUGGCUGUUGGAGUUCCAAAGAUAGCAAAGUUGGAUGGAGCAAAUCAGAAGUUCCAGUUCUCCAAGUUGAAAGAGAUUCAAUUACAGAUGUUAGAGAAACAAGAGUUUUGAUCGAUACAAAAUCGUCCACACGAUGGGCUCUUGCUAUCAAUAAAGAAGAAAUUCGUGACUUUUCAAUUCAAGUCGACUCGAAGGAGUUGAUUCCAGUAGGCGAAAAGAGCAUGGUCGACGGAUGGCACAUCAUCCAGUUUUCAGGCGGCAAGGACUCGCCGACAAAGUUUCAGCUAAACCUUUUCUGGUUCGGUGACGCCACACAUCGAUCGCAAGAGACAUAUGAAGAAGGAGAAGACCCUCCUCUCUUACUAAAGCUAAGAACCGAUGUGAACAGAGUAACGCCGAUAACUGCGAGGGUUCUCGAGAAGCUCCCGCCGUGGUGUUCCCCCUUUGGUAAAUCCACUUCUCCGCACACGUUAGCGUUCUUGGCCGCUCUCCCCGUCCAUUUUUAGGCUUCUUGUUAGUUUUUACUUGUUUGUAAGCUGUAAUGAGCCUUGUACAAUCAAUUAAUAUAUUUUUCUAUUUAAUGUUCCAAGAGCUUCAUCAGUUAACUCACUGCGAAUAACACUUGUGGAUGCAGCUUCUUCAGUACUUUGGUUUUGUUGAA